GCACCGAACCCUGCCGGGGCCUGCGCUGAUCCGUUUGGAGCAGCCGCUGGGACUUUUAUGGACUUCCACCAUCCACACGGACGUCGGUCGGGCUUCGCCGCGCGGCACCGUGAAGAUGGCGGAGGCUCCACAACACCGGUUUUUCUGUCACUGCUGUAAAUGUGAAACAAGCCCUAAGCUCCCGGAUCUUGUCUGUCCCAGAUGUGACUCUGACUUCAUUGAGGAGGUGACAGAAGACUCCAGUCUCCUGCAGGAGCGCACCUCCACGGCCAGCGAAGACUCCAACUCGUUGUUCUCGGAGUUAUGGCAGCUGCUGUUUAUGGAGCGCUCUGCUCUGCUGUCGCAUCCGCCCUCCUCAGGGUCCCACCCGGACGACGGCGAGCAGGUAUCUGCAGGUCAGAGCCGUCCCUCUCCGGAGUCACCGGCCGACGCCGAGGCCAGAGAACCAGAGUCUCCUUCGCAGCCUGACCAAGAGAGGUCACCCAGGCCAGAGCAGAGGCCUGCAGUGGAAGGGAUCGUGCAGCAGUUCCUGGCCGACCUCUUUGUCAACAACGGAAAUCCCGGUGCCGCACCAGCUGCAUUAUCCAGCAUGCUGCAGCUGCACUCGAACCCAGGAGACUAUGCGUGGGGUCAGGGAGGCCUGGAUGCUGUCAUCACCGAGUUGUUAGGACAGCUCGAGAGCACAGGUCCGCCCCCUGCAGAAGAGGAGAUAAUCUCAUCCCUGCCAACAGUUUGCAUCUCUCAGGAACAGAUAGACUGCAGACUGGAGUGUCCAGUGUGCAGGGAGGAGUUUUCAUUCGGGGAACCUGUCAGGAAGCUGCCCUGCCUCCAUUACUUCCACAGUCAUUGUAUAGUGCCUUGGCUGGAGCUGCAUGAUACCUGCCCCGUGUGCCGCAAAAGCCUCGACGGUGUCGACAACAGCCUCGCACCCACGUCAGCCCCCCCGGGCGAUCUCCCCAUCAGGAUAGAGCAACAACAAGAGAGGCAGGCGAGCUGAAAAACAGGGCCAACAACUAUAUCUCUUUUACUGUUUUCAAGAGACACGCUGUUCACCUCAAACGCUUCCCUUCACACCGACCCAAAAAGUAGAAAAGAAGAAAAUCAAAAGUUGCCGCUUCAUCUCUCUCUUAAUUUAUGCAGCUCUGCUAAGGACCUUUAUAUUUUCUACACAACCAUCUUCACCACUUUUAAGUUACACUACACACAAAAGGAUGUGGCAAUUUGCUGCAGAAGAUGUGGAGGUGAUGUGUACUUCUUGCUCCACCCGUCUACGUGGUUUAGGGUGUCUAACGACUGACUUGGAUUUCACGAACUAAUCACCACUGAGCUGCCUGUGGUUGUUAAAAUGAUUUGGGGGGGGGGGGGGGGAUUCACAGAGUUUGCACUAGGACUUCUGGUAAGACAAUUCUGUAAUUUCCUUGACCUUUUUCCACCUAGUCUGAUUCAGGAUUGAUCUCAUCUAUACAUGAAGCCGUUAUUAAAGCCUGACCCUGUGACCCUCA